UCGGUCAACAGAGGAGGACCGCAGGGAGACAGGAGGGCACGGGGCAGCAUGUUUACGGCUGCUUACAGUCUUAUUAGCUGUUUUAAACGAGCCACUCGCUUUAUUUGACUUUAUCGGAUACGCAAAACUCGUGCGAAGGACGUCGACGAUAAUGUUUUUGUGCCGCACAGGGAGGCUGUCUGCAGCGGCUCUGGAUCAGGCUUACCAGAUCCAGACGCCGGGCUCGUUUCUAGCGCACGUCAAAGCAAACAGACUGAGGCACGGUACUUUGACGUUACGUAAAGGUCACACGUUUCGGUGGAGCCGGUCUCUCUGUGGAUCCGUCGGGGCUGUCGAUACAACACCAGCGCACCUGGAGAAACAACAGCCGGACCCGCACCACUUCCAGAGCUGGGAGUCGUCGUCUGGUUUUGUAAUCACAGACUGGAGACACUUGGACCGGGUGGCUACUAUAGCGGCGAAUGUCUCAAAAAGCGUGCAAAGUGUGGGCGGUAAUUUAGAUGUUAUCAGGCCGCCGUUUGUUCAUGCAAAAAGGCGCUACAGCAGCAGCAGCAGGUGGGAGCUUGCUGGGGGUAAUGUUUUGUUUACAGGUAGCUGGGGAGUUUCCAGACGACUCUGCUCCACCAGGACCAUGCACACCAGAGCCUCAUCCACAGCUGCAGCCACGAAGAAGAGCGACGCCGGUGAGGAGCAGACGACAGGCGGCAACAAAGGGGAGGAGCAAACUUUAAAGGAGGCCUCAGCUACCUCCUCAUCUACCGAAAAGGCCCCAGGGGAGCCUGAGCCAGAGGGAGGGAAACCCAACAAGACCCAGCAGCUAAAGAAAGUCUUCAAGGAGUAUGGAGCAGUAGGAGUCUCGUUUCACAUCGGGAUCUCCCUCAUGUCUCUGGGAAUGUUCUACCUCCUUAUAUCCAGUGGGAUCGAUAUGGCGGCCUUGCUGUGCAAACUGGGCUUCAGUGAGACAGUCGUUCGCUCUAAAAUGGCAGCAGGAACCAGCACGUUCGUCCUGGCCUACGCCAUCCACAAGCUCUUCGCUCCGGUCCGCAUCAGCAUCACUCUGGUGUCCGUGCCUCUCAUUGUGCGCUACUUUAGAAAGACUGGUCUCUUUAAACCACCCACACCUGCACCCUGAUGACCCUUCUCUGUUCCUCUGCUGCCUCAUUAAGCAACAAACAUCCAGACUGUUGAUGUUCAUAAUUAAAACGCCUGUACAUAUAAUUAUUCAUUUGCCUUCAGCUACAAAUGCCUCAUCUUUUCUCAUAGCAUUUGUGAAUUCAGGUUAAAUGUUUCCUACAUUAGUUCCAGUUGUAACAGAAUCAAAUGUGUUAAACUGUGUUCCUGUAAGAUUUAAAAAAAAAAAAAAAAAAAGAAUAAUAAGGGUAUGUGAUCUCCAAACUCCAAAAGUGCAUUUGGAGUCAAGUCUUACUUUGUGUGAAUUUCAAAAGCCAGAAAGAAAAAGGUGGAAAAGCUCAAAUAUUUAUAAACAAUCAGAAGUAUGAUCAGGGAUUUUAAGUUUUCCUCCUAAGCUCUUUCAGUAGGCAGGUUUUUCUCUUAAUGCUGUGAAGGUUCCCCACAGGGACAAGUGUAAAAAGCUGAUCUCUCCACUGUUCCCUGAUAGCUGACUAGGCCAUGUUCUGGUGUUAUGUGAAUCAGCAGAAUAAUUCGGGUUCUCUCUGUCUCCUACCUCUCUCCUCUCUCUGUCCUUUUCUCUCUCCUUAUUUAGCUCAGACUCUCCCUCUCUCUCCUCUCCCUUAUACGUUUAUUUCUGCUGCUGUUUUGCUUCCCUCCUGUUUUUCUUCUCAACAUCUCCCCUGGCACCCAUUUUCUUCUCCUUCUCCUCUGCUCCAUUUUAUCUUUCUUCUCUCCCUCCUGUUCUCUAAUUUUGCAAAUGCCACUGCCCAUGCAGUAAUGGCAAGCACAUUAAUCUCUGAGUGAAGCUGAUUGUAGUUAAUUGCAAGAUUUGGAUGAAGAAUGUUGGUUCUUGAGGGUUCUUUUCUGAUUGGACUUUAUUUAACUAUUAAAAGGGAAGUUCUCUUUUA